AUGUCCGGCCAAGCUUCUUCUAGCAACAUCAACAACUCAACAAACUCCUACUCCUCCUCCCCCUCCUCCAACAGCACCAGCAGCAACUCUAUCAAUUACUCCGCUUACAAAGACACGUACGGCUCCGCCAACGGCAACACCCCGAUGGAUCGGUACAAGGAGCAGAGCCGCUAUGACGAAGGGUGGAACUCGCACCAUGUUACUAGCGGUGGGAGUGGUGGGGGUUAUGGAGGUGGGUAUGGGAAGAAGUAG